GCCGCUGCCCGUCAGAGCCCCCCCCAUCACCACUCCAACCCUGGACGCUCCACUUCCUGCCGCUCAGCGGAGCCCCCGAGGAAGUGGCCCACGCCGGGCUGAGGCCACCGCCGCCCAAAGCGCUGGAGGAGCAUCUAAGCUUGCUCCCCCCCAUUCCUUCCCUCUCCCGGCUCUGCAUUCCCGGCUUCUUCUCCAUCUCCUCGUCCAGCGCAUCCCUGAAGCCGGCUCCGCCAUGGCCUGGCUCUGGAAGCGCGGGGGGUGAGCGGACAAGGGGUCUCCAGGAGCCCCGACGCCCGGCUUCCCACCCCCCACUCGCCCCCCCCCCCAACCCACUCCCCAAAAGCGGGGCACGCAGCCAGAGAAAAUGGAGAUCUCGCUGGGCCAGUGGCUCCUCAUCCUCUUCCUGGUGGCCAUCCCGCUUCUGUAUGAAUGGAGUGCUACCUUCAAGUAUUUCUGUAAGAUGGCGUUCUACAACAGCUACAUCCUCUUCCUGGCUGCCUUUGCCAUUCCGAUCUGUGCUGUCCGUGGGCGUGACGUGGAGAAUAUGAAGAUAUUACGAUUCAUGUUGCUCCACAUAAAGUAUCUCUAUGGGAUCAAGAUUGAGGUGCGGGGGACCGAGAACUUCAACCUCAAGGAGCCCUACGUGGUGGUGUCCAACCACCAGAGCUCCCUUGACUUGCUUGGUUUAAUGGAGGUGUUGCCAGAUCGGUGUGUGCCAAUUGCCAAGAAGGAGCUGAUGUAUAUGGGCACAGCGGGGUUGGCCUGCUGGCUGGGAGGCAUCAUUUUUAUCAACCGCAAGAAAACCAACGAUGCCAUCAGCGUUAUGUCUGAGGCUGCCCAAACUAUGCUGAGCCAAGAUGUUCGGGUCUGGGUGUUUCCUGAAGGUACCAGGAAUCAUAACGGCUCCAUGCUGCCCUUCAAACGGGGCGCCUUCCAUUUGGCGGUGCAAACCCAGGUUCCUCUCGUCCCUGUUGUAAUCUCAUCGUAUCGAGAUUUCUACAGUAAGAAGGAUAGGCGCUUCACCACAGGGCGCUGCAUUGUCCAGAUCUUGUCCUCCGUGCCCACAAAGGGGCUGAGAGCCGACGACGUGCCGGCUCUGACGGAUCGAGUGCGCCAAGCCAUGUUGGUUGCUUUCGAGGGGCUUUCCGCGGAUCUGGGUCCCCCGCAGUGACCUCCGCCACCGCUUCCCCCCAAUGUCUGACCCAGGAGCAAGGCGGGCUGCGACUGGGAGCAGCUUGCACCCACAGGCAGCCAACCUGAAGAUAACGGGACCAAGACAGAAGAGGGCAGCGCUUGGAGGGGAGGGAAAACGAAUCGGAACCAGUUUUGGCAGAGGAGUGAUGGGCACAGCACCUUGCGGCAAAGAAGGGGGGGCUUGAAACGGGUGGGGAGGGGGCUGGACUCAGCCACAUGUGCUAGGAGAUCUGGGAGCAGAGUGGAUCCCAAGCCACCCUCGUUGCCCUCUUUACUUCUGGAUCAGAGUUCUGACUCCCCCAGUAGAUGGUACAGUCCGGUCCCUGCCUCCAUCUCCUCCUUGCUCCCCCGUUUUGUUCAUGUGGACUGUUCCAUUUCAGUAUCUUGGACUUGGCCAGUGCGUUUCCCAUUCUGGGAAGUUUUUUCCAGGCUGAACCACGGACCCCACAGCAACUGAACCACCCCUGGGAACCUGCAGAGGGAGCCAUGGGCCUGGUUUACCCUGGUUUGCUUCAAGGACCAAGGGGAUCUUGGUGAACUUCAGACUCAGAGCACUGCCGUGGGGAUGCCCCAGCUGCUUGCGGAGCCCCUGUGUGUGAGAACUCUGGACCCACCAUCGCUUGGGGAAGGAGAAAGACAGAGGGAACCCACACCGGGGAGGAAAUGCUGACCAAUCCAUCAGAACAUGCAAUAGCAAAGGGCCCAGGCUGUUCAGCCUGACUCGGCUCCAAUCAUGGACCGGACUGCUUCCUUCCAGGGAGGAGGCUUGGCAGAAAGGGGAAGGGAAGGAGAAAGGAAGGAGAUCUGUCUCCCUCUGAUGCUUCCACCCGACGGGUGAAAAGGGAGCCAAAGGGUUCUUCUAUCAGAGAUAAGCUGAGAGAGAGAUCGCUUGGAUUGCCUUCACUGGAGGUUGUUUGUGUCUUUGGGUGGAAGGUGGAGAAGGGAGGCAAAACGAUGGAUUUGGGUGGGGAAAUGGGCAGAGAACAGGAUUUGGGGGCUCCGGUUGCUUGUCGGCCUUGCCCGGAACGGCUUUAACUUUUCCCUCAUUCAGUGUUGGGAGAAUACCUUAAGCUCCAAGGCGAGGAUGGGGGCCAGACCAGUUUGCCAGAUGAAAAAAUGCAGGGAGAGGGGCUGGCAUUGGUCACCUCUCUCCAGCUGUGGAUCAGGGAGCCCCAAAGGAAAAGAGGAGGAAGGGAGGGGAGAGGCAGGGCAGGGUGUGCAGGCAAGGGCUUUUCCCCAGGGCCAAAUUAAGCAUGAGGGUUGCAAAAAGCAGGAAGUUGUGUCCUCAGGCUGGGGCCUUUGAGCCAGGUGUUAACGGGACAGGAGAUGAGGGGCAUCCGAUAAAGGAGGGAAGCGGGGCCAUUGGCAUCCGGAGAGCAACUGGGGGUGGGGAGUGUUUGUGGCAGGGUCUUUCGGGGAGAAGAGGAAACCAAGAAGAAGAGGAAACGGUUACCCCUUCCAGGACGAAAGUUUGAGAGGUACGGGGGUGCCGGUUCAGGGAGGGCUAGGCUGACUCCGUGGGGUGGCGAGCCUUGCGAUUCCUUGAAAUAUUCUGUGUACUUCUCUUCUGCCUUUGGAUUUUCCCUGAAGGUUUCUGCUAUCUGCCCCUCCCCCUAUUGGUGGGUGACCCAGGGGGCUUUCUUUCCUCUUUCCACACAUUCCUUCUUUGGGGGGGGAGGGGAGAAAAGAGAUUUUUCCCAUCUGGGGAGGGAUGAGUGAAGAGACGUUAUCCAGUCUGUGUUCCCAAGACCUUCCUGCUUUUAAUAAAAACCCUCGAAAAUUCAUUCCCCCACCCCCCCACACGUGGUGCCUUUUCCUCAGUCUUUGUAGCAGAUUGGCAAGGUGUGUAUGUGUGUUUGUGUGUGUGUCUGUCUGUCUCCACUAUAACUUCUGCCCUUUCGGGAGCUUUUUAAAGCAACGUUUCUCAAACUUGGCAAAUUGAAGUCCCAUGACCUUCAACUCCCAGAAUUCUCUAGCCAAUAUGGGGAAUUCUGGGAGUUGAAGUCCACGUGACUUAUAUUUGCAAUGAGUUUUCCCCCCCCUCACUGGCAAAAAAACCCCCAAAACCCUCCCUAGUGAACAAUGGAUUUGCUUAACAACUGCAGUGUUUGCUUUACGACUGCUGCCUUCGUUUAAUUGUCAAAAACAAAGAGUCAUGAAAUUUGGGUGUGGUCCAGUAGUGGGUUGCCCCCGGUUCGCACUGGUUCUAUAGAACUGGUAGUAAAACCGGCGGAAGGCUCCGCCCACCGACCCCGACAUCACUAAAACGCUUCUGUGCAUGCGCGUGAGUGAAGCGAGUGCGCGCGGCCCCGCUGCAAAUCGGUAGUAAAGGUAGGUAGAACCCACCCCUGGUGUGGUCACAUGAUAACCUCCUUAAUGACCAUCACAACUUACGACCGUAAUUGCAGGCUCAAUUGCCGUUGUAAGUUGAGGACUUAUUUAUACAGUCAGACACAAUAUACCCUGUUUCCCUGAAAAUAAGACAUCCCCUGAUAAUAAGCCCGAUAGGGCUUUUGAGUGCAUGUGCUAAAAUAAGCCUCCCCUGAUAAUAAGCCUUCCCCGAAAAUAUUUAAACACAGAGCUGGAAAUCAGGUAAGACGGCAAGAGGAGCCCCAUCUUGCUCCACGCACCCCAAAAUAAUAAGACCUCCCUGAAAAUAAGGCCAAGCGCUUAUUUCGGGGUUCAAAAAAAAUAAGACAGUCUUAUUUUUGGGGAAACGUGUUAGUACAAUAAAAUUAAUUCAGUAUUGGGAACAAAUAGCGAACUACAAUAAAUCAAAUGGUGUGCUUUUUCUUGGGGCGAUCUAAUGAUAUAUAGCCACUUUUAGUUUGUCAGGCCGUAACUUGGAAUAUUCCAAAUAAUACUGUAAUUAUUUUGAAGAAAGGCAUGAUUUGGAUUCCACAGCACUAACAUGGCUCCUGAGAUUUUUGUCCUAAUUGAAGGUGAUCUUUUUCAGCUAGAUUCCUUUUGUUGAAGUAGAAAGAACUUCUGUUUUUUCCUGUUCAGGAGCAGCAGAGCCUGUGCUCAGACGAUAGAACUAAAUCUGUGACCUGAGGACCACUGACAAUCCUUGAAGACAUUGCAAAUGGUCCUAGGGUGGGCCCCAAAAUAAAAAGAUGAAAGAAAGAGGCCAAAAUCUCCCAAGACAGUCUUCUUAUCCAAAAAUGCGAGAAAUUUUGGUUGGAACACUAAAACCUGUUGAGAUUUGAUGAUCCUAUAAGAAUCAGUCACAACCUUUAGAAGAAAAAAAAAAGUAAUUUUAGAGUCCUGUUUUGUUGGUGUUCCUCAGAAGCUAGCAAUAGCACAUAGGCUUACCAUGUUUCCCCAUAAAUAAGACCCUGUCUUAUAUUUUUUUGAACCCCAAAAUAUGUGCUUGGCCUUUUGGGGAGGUCUUAUUAUUUUGGGGUGCGUGGAACAAGAUGCAGUAUUACGUGAUUUCCAGUUCUGCAUUUAAAUAUUUUUUGGGAGGGCUUAUUUUCAGGGGGGAGGCUUAUUUUAGCACGUGCUCAAAAGCCCGAUUAUUAUCAGGGGAUGUCUUAUUAUCUGGGAAACGUAUAUACCAAUUCAUAGUGCUUUACAGCCCUCAUUAAGCAGUUUACAGAGUCAGCAUAUUGCUUCCAACAAUCUGGGUCCUCAUUUUAUGAACCUCCGAAGGAUGGAAGGCUGAGUCAAUUUUGAGCAGGUUAGAAUCGAACUCCUGGCAGUGGGCAGAGUUAGCCUGCCAUACUGCACUCUUAACAACUGUACUACCUUGCUAAUGUAAAUAUAGAAAAUUUGGAAACUGCUUAAGUACAUCAUAACUCAUAUAGUUUACAAAGUACAGUGAAAAGGCCCAAAUCAAGUAAAUUUCAUUAGAUUUUAACAUAACCAGCACAUUAUACACUUGAUUUGACUUAACACAUACCGUAACAUAAAUGCAGUUAUUGUGGUUUGUUAACUGGUUUGUGGCUUAAUGUAUUGUGUGAAUACAACCUCUAUUAGGCUGUUUAUGUGCUAUAUGUGACUUAUGGUUGUGCUGGAUGCAGCAUUAGCCAAGACAUCCUGUUGGAUUAUGGGAGUUGAAGUCUUACACACCAAAAAGGUAUUUUGAGAAUAACAAUGUAGAAGAAAAUUGCUUACAAGUUACUAUCUAAAAUGGGCUUUAAUCUGGUGAUUUAAAUAUUAGGACUACAACUUCAAGAAUUCUUAACAAACCCAGCAAUAACAGUUCUGUGGUUAAUAAUAACAUGAAUUAUGCAAUCUUAUGUUGUUAAAUCCAGCAAAUUUAUUUAUUUACUUGUAAUUCUAAUUUCCAUUUUUAUGGCCAUUCGCUCACACUUGGCUUUAGGCAGUUUAAAAGAGUUAAAAACAACAUUAAAAUAGAACAAAAACAGCCCACCAAGGUAACAAGCCCAUCACAAAGGAUGCUUGCCUUCAUAAUUCAUAGGCAUAAAUUGACUUCUUGGUUUCUCUCUCUCUUUUUUAAAUGAUUUAGUAAGUCUAAAAAACUAGUAACAAUGAAUUCUAGUGUGACUGGGGAAAAAAGAGGAACGGGGAAACUUCCUGAUUAAAAUUCAGUGUUCAAUAACCAAAUAAAAAUAUGCAUAAAAGAUA